UUGGGGUUGUCCGCUGUCGACAUGCAACAAAGCCCUCUCAAAGUGUUUGCGGCCAGCCUUUCUGCUGCUGGGUGCACAUUGCAGUGGUGCAACAACAGCCAGCUGCGGGCUGCGUACACGUUCAGCCGCUGGGUGUCUUCACUCUGUGGCUUCACUGUAGACAAGAGAAGAGGGUAGAGUGGGCUGGUCUGUCCGUGUUUUCCGGAAGAGAGGGUGUGAAACAUGGGACACAACCCAGGUCAGCAGCUGGUCCUGCCACACAUCCAGCACAGGAGCCCGCGCGGAUGCCACUCUGUUAGUCUGUGUUAAUAAUCGGCUGUGAGUAGAGUGAACCAAACGAGCACCGUGCGUCCAAACGGGACAUCCCUCUGGAUCCCUUUGACUGGAACGCGUAAAGGGGCUCAAACACGCCCGAGCACUCAUUUGGCUCUGGUGAGGCCCUGAACGUUGCGACCGCAGGCUGGCCCAGGUCACGUUGAUGCAGGUGGGCGCUCACCAGUACUGUCCCCGCCGCCUGCUUCUGCGCCGCUCCCACCUCCCCACCCACCAUGGCUAUGAGCAGUGACCCUGGCUGCGAGAGGCUGGACCCCGACUCUGACAAACAGACCAGCAGUCUCACAGACAUCAUGGCUGCCAUGACGACAAAAGACUCCGCUACCAACUGCAUGAGGAAUGGCAGGGCUCAGAAGGACGGGGCUCAGGCCAAGAGGACUCAUCCGUUGCGACCUCAUCUGACUGGGAGGAAGUUGUCGCUGCAGGAGAGGGGCACUUACCUGUCGUCAGGCUCCGGAGGAGGCUACACGCAUAUCUCCCCUCGUGUGGCUCGCAGGCCCACCGUGGAGUCUAAGCGUGUGUCCAUAUCGGAUUCUCAGGACUGUAUCCAGUUGAACCAGUAUAAACUGAAGAGUGAGAUUGGGAAGGGCUCCUACGGUGUGGUCAAACUUGCCUACAAUGAGGAUGAUGACAAACAUUAUGCCAUGAAGGUGGUGUCCAAGAAGAAGUUAAUGAAGCAGUGUGGUUUUCCACGUCGCCCACCCCCAAGAGGACCCAAGGUUGCCCAAGGAGAGCAGCCCAAAAUCUUAGGACCCCUGGAGAGGGUCUACCAAGAGAUUGCCAUCCUUAAAAAACUGGACCAUGUCAACAUCGUCAAGCUGGUGGAGGUGCUGGACGAUCCAGCGGAGGACAACCUUCACAUGGUGUUUGAGCUGAUGCGUAAGGGUCCAGUGAUGGAAGUGCCCACAGACAAUCCUUUGUCAGAAGAGCAGGCGAGGUUAUACUUCAGAGACGUCAUCCUGGGUAUUGAGUACUUGCACUACCAGAAGAUUGUCCACCGGGACAUCAAGCCUUCUAACUUGUUACUGGGGGACGAUGGCCAUGUAAAGAUAGCAGACUUUGGUGUCAGCAACCAGUUUGAGGGCAACGAUGCUUUGCUGUCCAGCACUGCUGGCACUCCUGCAUUUAUGGCACCAGAGACCCUUUCAGACACCCGAAAGAGUUUCAGUGGAAAAGCGCUGGACAUGUGGGCCAUGGGAGUUACUCUCUACUGUUUCGUCUUUGGGAAGUGCCCGUUUAUUGAUGAGUACAUAUUGGCUUUGCACAGUAAGAUAAGGACUAAGCCUGUGGAUUUCCCAGAAAUACCAACGAUCAGUGAAGAGCUGCAGACUCUGAUCUUGCGGAUGCUGGACAAGAACCCAGACACCAGGAUCACCAUCCCUGAGAUCAAGAUGGACCAGUGGGUGACCCAGGGAGGCACUGACCCCUUGCCUCUAGAGGAGGAGCACUGCUCUGUGGUGGAGGUGACAGAGGAGGACAUCCAGAACUCAGUCAAGUUUGUUCCCAGCCUCUCUGCAGUGAUCUUGGUAAGAGCAAUGCUGAGGAAGCGCUCCUUCAGUAACCCCUUUGAGUGUCCGAGCAGGAGAGAGGAGAGGUCCAUGUCUGCACCUGGCAGUCUGCUCAUGGACUCGUGGCCCUUCCGGCCCUCUUUAAAACUUCACCCCUCACUCAGAAAGGGCAGCACAGGAGAUGGACCCAGAGAAGCAGAGUUGGAGGACCUGCAUGAAGACGAGCCCUCCUCUUGAGUCUUAAUGACGCUCCAGUCAACAGAACUUUGUCUUCAACUCCAUCCUCUUUACGUCCCUUUGCUUGAACCAUUGUGUUCUCACCCUUUCAUCCACACAUUUCCCUCAAAUCAGUGACAUGCACAUUCUGUACACUGGAGAGACUCAAGGUUUUGAAUCUGAUAUUUUGCUUGUGUUAACAUUCAGACUUGUAUGCUCAGGCUUGCUUUUGCUUUUGCUUCCUGUCAGCCUCAGAUUUUCCUUUCUCACUCCAAUUUCCCCCAUUUUCUUUCUCCAAUGUGGCACUAAGUUUGAUCUACAAUGUUGUUUGUCUUAACUGCUCAACCACUAACUGUUGUGACUGGCAUCAGUGAACCGAUGAGAGGAACUCGGCUGAAUUUCUGCAUUAUUAACAGUUCAAAUUAUUGUUGCGGGAGAAAGACAUGUCUGUCAGCUGGCAUUACACUGUAAUGUGGGGAGAAAAAAACUGUCAAACUCAAUUUUCUUUACCCUUCUGCAUGAUGAAUUGUUAGGCCUCAUAACAGUCAUAGCCAGCCUGACAAAGAGGAAAAUAACCCUCUUCAAUAAUCAUCACAGACUUCAGCAUGUAAAUGACACUAUAUUGUCUCUUCAGUGAACGACAGGGCUAUUUAUUUCUGAUCAAUAAUCAGUCAUUUUGAUAUUGUACAGUACAUAGAUGUCUUGAGGUAUCAUAAGUGUUAUUGUCUCACAGCCCUAUUCUUGUAUCUGUGCCGUCAGUAGCUUUUAUUUUGGAGCUGGGUGAUAAGGUUUGAAGUCCUUCCUGUGUUGCCUUCACAGUCCACAGGCCCUACUUCUCUGGCAGGAAGGAAAGGAAGUCAGCUGUAUAAGGGUGAUCACACAGAAAGGACAGAGACUUUGCUAUGAACACAUUUAAAAGUGACUUUUGCCGCAGUGUGAUGUGUAAUUAUUUUGUUAGAAGUAAUUUCACGCUUCUUCUCCUCCUCUGUAAUGUGUUGUUUGUCUGAUGAUUUCUGUUCUCUAACGCUGUCUCUUUCCUUUCGUAUCACACUGUACUGUUUGAUUUGAUGUGAAGUAAUUGUGACAGGAACCGGAGCAUUUUGAAGUGCAUGUUGUUUUAUGGCGAGUGUGAACAGACUGAAAAAAGGGCCGUAAACUACUCAGAUUGCCUAUACUUUUCCCCCUCCAAAUUAGAAUUUAUUAUUAUGCAACAUUCUUGGAUGCAGAGCUGAUUUAAAGUCAUUAAUAAUCUCAUUAUCCAAGUUAAACAUCAAUAAGUGUACUUACAGAAGCAAUUGAAUCUAGUCGUACAAAGUGAUCCAGGCUUACACAUUUAUUUUUCCCAUGACACUAAAUGUUAUGCCUGCCAAAAGUUAUUUUUUUCUGAGUCAAGGGUAGGGUCUAAAUAAAAUAUUAAUAAUGCUAGGAAUGGUCAUGCAAUUAAAAAAAAAAAAAAACCUGCAAUAUAAGAUAUACUGUAACUCCCCUCCCCACUGCAGUAAUUUAUGUACAAUCCCUAACCUAGACGAAGUUGCAACUAGCCAUGCAAGUUUGUAGAGCUGGGUAAGCUAGUUAGUUAGCACACUAUCCCUGUGAGAUCACAAAUGUUGGGAUCAUGGAUGAAUUAAAUUUAUUUUUGUGAUUUGAGUCCUUUGUUUGCCAUUCAAGGUAGUUGGCUAACUUAAAAAAAAGCCAAAUCUGUGGGAUGUUUUGCUCUCCGCAGACUCAAAUCAAUGAGAACAUUUUGCUUCCACAGAAGCUCUGCUUCAGAUAAAUGUUUAUAUAACUCCAUUUUGAUUCUUUCCCCCUCUUCUGCUGGCCAGGCGCAUCACCCUGUGAAAGAAAGCGUGUUUGGCUGGCAGAGUGCUCUGAUCACUUGAACCGCAAUGAAAAGGAGCAUUUCAAUGUCAUGAUUAGGCCCAGGCUGACGACGACAACAACACUUUCCCAUCCACUUCAGUGCUGUCGCCAGCAGCAUGGCUGAUUAGAAACGGGCAGUGUGGCUCUUUGCAUUUCCUCUAUUAAACUUUACCUCAGUGUCCUCCAGUGAACAGAGAGGGAUUGGUAGAAUCUGAACAGGAAAGCAUUUCACAUACUGUUAUUGAGCCUCUGUGUUUAGGGAUUUAUGUUCACAGAGGCUGGGACUUUAUGCAUGAAAGUCAUGAAUGCUGUUGACGUUAGAUUGUCAACUUUAUUACCAUGUAGGUGCAGGAGAAUGUAAAGCUUUGUAUCUUUAUUUUAUUGUUCAGUAUAAGGGUUGGUAAAAGAUCUAUUUGUAUUGGACAAAUGAAUAUCUUUGUCUGAAAUGUUGUAUAUGCAGUUUGAAAUUAAGGGUUGUGGUCAUCCUUUUAAUAAUGCGUUUUUGUUCCUUCUCUCUGCUGAGGAUCAUGCAAGGGAAAGUGGGUACCGAUGUCUGUUUGCAGGGUAACCUUCAAUGAAGGGCUGAACCAAAAAGUGUGAAAUGGUGUGUUUAUAUUUUAUUUGCUUAAAAACACUCAUAACAUUCUUAUGGGUUUUUUUAAUCUAGGUGUUUUCCAGCUUUAUAUUUGUGUGUUUGUACAGACAUUUGUCAGUGUUAGGUGCAAUAUUGUUGUCUUUUUUAUCACUGGUACAUUAGGCCACUCAUCAUGUUAUCUGUAUUUAAUUAAAAAAACUAAAAUACUGCUUAUAUUUAAAUAUUUGCACUAUUCCACGUACAGAUACAUAACAAAGUUAAUGUGAUUACUUUUAACACUACUGGCACCUGCCAGUUUUAACAUUGUACAGUUUAUGAUCAAGGAAAAAACUGUGUAGUUCACCUGUAAAAGACCAUAUUUACUGUGUAUCGAUCUGCAUGUCACAACAUUGCUACUUGGUUUUUGAGAAUUUUUACAAAUGAAACUCAAAUAUGUUUCCAUUUUCCAGUAACUUAUUCUCCUGUCUGUGUCAAAAUGCUGUAACAGCUGAAGUAACAAGAUAGGUUGUGAAUACUUGUUUUUGUUGUGCAUAUCCAUAUGAUAAUAAUUGCUAAUGUUGUAUAAGUGGGGCAAGGGACUUUUGGAUUUUACUGCUGAAAUGAUGCAUAAUGCUAAAACACUGUAAACCCUAUUAUAUGAGCAGAGUUCAGAGCACAGGAGCAGCCUGAAAUAGCAGCUUUGUGUUCAGGAUCUUCUCUAGAGACAGUGAUGGAUGAUCACUAGCUGCCCUCAAAGAUGGAACAUUUAACCCUCCGACAGUCUCUUCAUGCCACCGAGCAACCACUUAUUCAACAGUUAAUUGUUUUUUUUAGUAAUUAUUAUCUCUGCAAAUGUUGUGUUUUCUGUCCUAUUUUUCUGUUGCUCUGUUAGUUUGAUGCGCAUAUCCACAUUUUCUAAACAGACUUCAAUUACAUUUGGUAGAAAAUUAGACAAACUGCUUUUGGUUACCAUGUGGUAAUUUACAACGCUUUAGAAAGUUUUCAUGUUAUAAUUCCUGAAUGGAUUCUUUUAUCCUGAUUCCUUAGUCCAAGAUGUGUCAAUCAAUCCAUAUAGGCCACACCCAUUUCUACCUACAUAGAUUUCUGCCAGAUUUCUUUUGCAAAACCACUCCUCCUACAAAUUUCUGCCAAUCUUUGCCAAUUUGAUACAUUUAAAAAUCUUACUUUUUUGUAGUUUUUGUACACAUACCAGUCAUAACUCAGUGCAGUUGCAACUACUGUACAUUUAAAUGACAUCUGCACAUAAUACAUCAACUCUGAUCGAACCUGCUAAAUUUUAUUGAAUUUUAUUUGAAUUUUUGAAGGUGGUACUUCAUGUAUGAUGGUACAUGAUACAUUUAAAUGGCCGUAACUUAGUGGCCGCCUGUAUGACUCUCUUGCAAUGCAGCACAAUUCAUCCUUGUAGGAAGUCCUAAUACUUACAGACUUUAGUCUACAAAAAACAGCACAAUUGUCUAUCAUUAUAUGAUGCAGAUCUGGAUCCACUACCACUAUUUUGAAAAUAUCAAAUGUAUGGGAUUGUGCAGCCUUGGCAGAGGUUUGCUCACUCUAAAUGCUUUCUAGCUCAGUGUUGUUACUGUAGUGAAACAGAAGAAAAAUCAAUGGGUGCAGUUUCCACAGUCGCAGCACAGGAAGUGAGUGACAGGACUAAUUUCUCAUGAUUUCAGGUCAUAAUUAUAUCCAAAUCUGGAGGACUGUGGGAGAGUGACUUUGUACAUAAUAUUAAGCCAGGGACAAUUGGAUUGCUGCUGUGUAUCUUUUGUGACUGUCCUGUCCAUGUGUGUUGAAGGUGCCUGCUGUCUCUGUGUUUCUGGAUGUCUGUCUCGUGUUGUCUUGUGCAUUUCUCUGAAUGUACUAACUCGGCUAUGUCAAGUCGCUCAUACAAAAACAGAAGCAUGGCACAUCCCUAAGGAAUGCAGUUGUUACAAUGUAAAUAUGUACCAAUAUAUAUAAAAAGCUAUUUUUUGCAUGCUUUUUGUACACAGACAUAAUCAAAAACAAUAAAAAAGAAAAUCUGAA